UUUAGUUAAAAAAGAAAGUAAAAAGAAAAAAAUUAUUUACUGUGUUAAAAAUUUCCUUCCAUACUGUGAAGUGUAUCAGCAAUAACAUGUGUGUAACAUGAUGACUGUGAAUCUGAAAAGCGAUUUAGUCACAGAAAAGUCGUAGACAAGGUCUGAUGCCCCUUUUUGCUAGUCAAUGCAAUCAUGAACACGAGGCUUCUCUGGUGUGUAGCGCUUUAUCUCCUGGUAGCAGGCUCUUUGGAUUGCCAAGUUAUCCAGACACCACGACAUCUGCUCAUUGGGAAAGGACAGAAAGCAAAAAUGAGCUGUAUUCCUGAAAAUGGACAUACUUUUGUUUAUUGGUACCAACAGAAGCAGAACAAAGAGUUAAAGUUUUUGAUUUAUUUUCAACGUCAAGAAGCUCGUGACAAAAUAGACUUGUUCAAGGAGCGAAUUUUAGCUGAAUGUCCCUUAAACUCACCCUGCAGCUUGGAAAUCCAGUCCUCCGUGGCAGGAGACUCAGCGUUAUACCUCUGUGCCAGCAGUCUGUCCACAGCACUGAAAUGUGUAUUGUCUUUAGCACACAAACUCUCCAUGGAGCCAACUCAGGAAGCAGGUUCUUUUGAUGCUGCAGUUACUCAGACACCAAGACAUUUGAUCAAGCUGAAAGGGCAGAAAGCAGAGAUGAGGUGUAACCCUGAAAAGGGGCACACUACUGUUUUCUGGUAUCAACAAAAACAGAGCAAAGAAUUAGAGUUCCUGAUUUACUUUCAGAAUCAACAGCCUGUUGAUCAAAUAGACAUGGUCAAGGAGAGAUUCUCAGCUGAGUGUUUCUCAAACUCAUCCUGCAACCUGGGAAUCAAAACUUCUGAAGCAGAAGACACAGCACUGUACCUGUGCUCCAGCAGUCAAUCCACAGCGCUGAAAUGUGCACUCCCCCCAGUGCACAAACUCACCAGGGAACCACUUAGGGAGCAGGUGAUGCUGGAAGGAAGGAAGAGAAACUAACUGGAGCCAGUGCAAACCACAACAGACUUCACACAGGAUAGAACCUUCCAAAACCUC